AUGGCAAUAACACCGGUACAGAUAGCCGUCUCUAGAGCGUUGGGCUGUGAAACAGCUCUGGGGCUUCAAUUAGCUGCCACCAAAGUGUCAGGCUGUGGAUUUAUUUUGGAGCUACAAGUAGACGUCUCCAGAGAGUUGGACUGUGGACCGGUUUUGGAGCUACAAGUAGCCACCUAUUUUUUAAUACUUUCAGUUGCAUCACCUAUAAUCUUGUUAAUUAUUACUACUAACAUUAUACCUAAUAAACGAGCUAACACUCCUACCACGGACCAAAAUUUGUUUUUAUUUUUAAUAUAA